AAACAUACGUUUGUUGUCCCUUGCCAUGGUGAACUCCAACACAAUCGAGCAUCUAUAUCUCUCACUAAUCCAACAAUGCAAGACCCUCAACUCCAUCAAACAAGUUCACACCCCUAUCCUCAAAUCCGGCCUCGAUUCCGACACAUUCAUCACCGGAAACCUCAUCCUCAAAUGCGCCAUACUCAUCUCCGACGCUCUCCACUACGCCCACUCACUCCUCCAACAUUCACCAAACCCAGAUGCAUUCAUGUACAACACUCUCAUACGCGGAUUUUCAAACUCAGAUCUCCCACACAACUCUCUCACCACCUUCAUCAACAUGCGUCAAAACUCAAAUAAUAUUCAACCUGACAGUUUUUCUUUUGCUUUUCUUCUCAAAGCUGUUGCCAAUUUACCAUGUUUUAAUACUGGGAUUCAGGUUCAUUGUCAGUCAGUAAUAUUUGGGCUCGAUACCCAUUUGUUCGUUGGGACUACACUUGUGAGUAUGUACGCUGAAUGUGAGAAAAUUCAUCAUGCACGUAAGGUGUUCGAUGAAAUGUUUCAACCGAAUAUUGUGGCGUGGAAUGCUAUGAUUACGGCUUAUAUCAGGUGUUGUGAUGUAAAGGGUGCGGAGAGGUUGUAUAGAGGGAUGUUAGUUAAGGAUUUAAUCUCCACUAACAUUAUGAUUUCUGGGUAUAUGAAGGCUGGGGAGAUUUGUCUUGCGAAAAAGCUCUUUUACGAUGAAAUGCCGGUGAAAGAUGAUGUUUCUUGGAGUACAAUGAUUGUAGGGUUUGCUCAGAAUGGGUGUUUUAAUGAAGCUUUUGAUCUGUUUAUUGAAUCGCGACGGGUUGGAUUGAAACCUAAUGAAGUAAGUUUGACGGGGAUUCUUUCGGUGUGUGCACAAGCCGGUGCGUUUGAGUUUGGCAAGAUUCUUCACGGUUAUAUUGAGAAAUCCGGGUUUGGAUCUAUAAGUACCGUGAAUAACGCGUUAUUGGACACGUACGCGAAAUGCGGGCACAUUAACAUGGCCCGUUUGGUUUUUGAAACAAUGCCCGGGAAAAAGAGCAUAGUUUCGUGGACAACGAUGGUGGCGGGAUUGGCAAUGCAAGGGUAUGGUGAAGAAGCGUUAAAACUGUUUCAUCAAAUGGAGGAAUCUGGAAUCAAACCGGACGGGAUUACUUUCAUUUCGAUUCUAUACGCAUGUAGUCACGCGGGUUUGGUUGAACACGGGUAUUGGUACUUUACCAUGAUGAAAACUCACUACGGCAUAGACCCGACCUUCGAACACUACGGUUGUAUGGUUGAUUUAUACGGUCGGGCCGGCGAGCUUGAAAAGGCCCGCGAUUUCAUAACUCAAAUGCCAGUUAAACCAAACGCGGUUAUUUGGCGAACGCUUUUGGGCGCUUGUAGUAUUCAUGGCAACGUUGAGUUAGCUGAGUUUGCGUUAAACAAACUAGCCGAACUUGACCUGAAUGACUCGGGUGACCAUGUUUUGUUAUCAAACAUAUACGCGGUUGCUGGGAAAUGGAAGAAUGUGGCGACCGUGAGAAAGUCAAUGAAUAGUCAACGGCUCAUGAAAAGCCCCGGUUGGAGCAUGAUUGAAGUUGAUAAAAUCAUGUAUAGUUUUGUUGCGGGUGAUGAACAAAACGAGGUUACAAAAGAGGCGUAUACGAAUCUUAAAAAGAUUAUGUUACGACUUAGAGUUGAAGGCGGGUAUGCCCCGGAGGUGGUUGGUAGUGUGUUACAUGAUAUAGAAGAUGAGGAGAAAGAAAACGCGGUAGUCACACAUAGUGAAAAACUUGCUCUUGCAUUCGGGAUGUCAAGAUUAUGUGAUGGAAAAGUAGUAAGAAUUGUUAAGAAUUUGCGGGUUUGCAAGGAUUGUCAUACGGUUAUGAAACUCGUUUCAAAAAUCUUUCGGGUCGAGAUUGUGUUGAGAGAUAGAAGUCGGUUUCACUCGUUUAGUGACGGUUCAUGUUCUUGUAGAGAUUAUUGGUAAUAGUAGAGUUUGACAAAUCUAUGGGUUGGCAAGUCAAACGAGAUACGAACAUGAAAUUGUGAAACAACUCGAAAAUCGUGUCAGACACAUGAACCUAAACAUGACAUGAGUUUUUGCAAAUUAAAACAAACAUGAGUUCUUUAA